ACGAGUGAAUGCAGCUGCGCCGGUGGAGGAAUCCAUGGUCAGGGACCCGAACUCCUUAAUGAGGGCGUAGAGGGUGGCAAUGUCCUGCCGAUCAUAGAGAUCGGUGAGGAGUUGCCACAGUCCGAUUCAGAUUUUCCUACCAAUUCUUCCCAGAUACUUUCUGUCCCGUUAUGGAAUAAGCUUCAUCGGCUACCUGGCUCCGUCGCCCUGUCUGCCACUUGCUCCCCGCUGCCGUGCCGUCCCUUCUUUCUCAGGUGUCUGGACGUCGACCCUGAAGCGGAAGGACGAUAGCUGCGUGAGAGACGUACGCGAUUCCGGUGAUGGCUUCCGAAUUAGCAUCUGCUACAGUGUCACUCAGAAAAGAGGAGCCGGUUAUUAUCCAUAUAACUUCUGCAGAUGUUCAGAACGCGUCGGUUCCAGCACCAGCAGAUGCUGCAGGGCCGGCUUCAGAUGUGGCGAUUGGAGGGGAGACAGACACGCAGUCAUCAGUACGCCUUUCUGACGCGAUUACCGUUUUAAAGGCUCGUGUUGGGGCCUGCUUAAACGAGUAUAUUGAGAAGCAUGAAGGAGGAGGGGGAGGGGGGGAGGGGGAUGUAGGGCUCUGGGAUGGGGAGGAGGAGAAUGGGGAUGCAGAGGAGGAAGAGGAGAAACAAAAGAAGAAAAAGGGUAGGAGGACAGGUGGAAAGGGCACGUACUAGUGAACUGGAGUUGACUCAACGGAUCCUGAAAGGCCUCAGAAAUGCACGAGUUUUGCUGGAGCCAUGACCUGCAAUCAGCUUGUGUUUUGCUGGAAGCUGAUUGCUUGCCAGUUAGGGGAAGAGAUGGACAGGGUUCAGGUCUGCAAGU